GAAAGAGAGCCAGCGUUAAACCAUCAGAUCCUCCAACAUGAACGUCUGUCAGUCUCUGAUCUGCUUCUUCUUCCUCACACUGCAGGAUGGAAACAUUGGUCUCAUCAAUGCAGAAAUCAUCAAGAGUACAGGAACUGAAGGAGGAAACAUCACAGUUAGAUGCUCCUUCACUUCCUCUGGAAAGAGGAGAAUCUUCUGUAAGGACGAAUGUAAAGAUGGAGACAUUCUCAUUGAGACAGAAGAGGACACAGCUCAGAUAGGCAGAUACAGCAUUGAAUGUAUAGAAGGAGGUUUUCCAGUAUCUAAAAUAAUUGUGUAUGUGAGCAUCAGAAACCUGACUCAGUCUGACUCAGGACGGUACAGAUGUGGUUUGGUCAGAGCUUUAUUCUCAUCAUCAUACCAGGAGAUUGAGAUCCGAGUUACAGAUGCUCCAACCUCUCCUCUCAGACCUUCUUCACCAUCAGUCCCAUCAGCCUCAACACUGAUGACAUCACAGACAUCAGCAGCAAGUUCAGAUCUCCCCCUGGUUUUGGGUGUGUGUGUGUCUGUGGUGGUGGUGGUGCUGGCUGCUGUUCUGCUGUUCUUAUACAAAAAGAGGACUAAGCACUCUGAUGGUUCAAACCAGAGAGGAAACACAGACAUUACCAGGACUGAGAUUGACCUUUAUGAGAACUGCCCUCCACUCUCCACCCGUGCAGACUCCACCUACCAGAGUCUGGAUCCAGCCUCCAGGGAUCCAGACCACAUCUACUCUACUCUCUCUUAGAUACAACACCUAUGAUGAUGUCAGCAAGAGUUUCUGCUGAAUGCACAGCGAAGCCUGGCUGCUGCUCAUGGCAAUGAAGGAUUUUAUUACCAACCAGAAGAAUUUAAAGGAACACGCCGACUUAUUGGGACUUUAGCUU